CACUCAGCUGUUCUGUAUAAAAGACCAUCCCUGGCUGUAGGGAGAAGCAGACAGACAAAGAGGAGGGAGAGACAGACUUCAUCACUGACUCCAGAUCUGAGGAGAAACUCAUCUGAAGAACAGCUCACACCAAUGUAAAGAGGUGACUGUGAUCUCCUCAGACCAAUUGGCAGAACAGCCCUGUUCUGGCAUCACAAACAGGAUGAUUGAUUCUGCAAAUCCUAUGGGAAGGCGUGAGGGAAUUUCUCAUCUGAUAAAGAGACGACUAGGACCCGCCCAGACCAUAGGAGACAUAUCAUAAGUGAACAAUAGAGGGACACAUCUACUGACUUUUCAAACAGGUUGUCCCUGCAAAGAACAGAGGAAGACAUUGUAGAGAAUUGAGUCCCCCUUAACAGUGUUCUUAGGACUCUUUUCCCACGGGUGAAGGCGUCUUUGCCGAACCUAGCCGGUGGAGCCGAACUCUGUUUGAACCCAGGUGAUUCCGUGGUGGUCAAAGACUUUCAGGAGAAAGAGUUGGAACGACCCCCGUCGAUAUCAAGUUCUUCAAGACCACCCCCCCACUGCGGUGAAGGUUGCUGAGAGAGAUACCUGGAUCCACGCGUCGCACUGCAGACGAGCUCCUGAUCCAGGAGAAGAUGAGGCCUCACCAGUCCCGGCGGUGUCGUGCAGCCCUCCUCUGCUUUAGCACAGGAAUGCUAAUAGGAACAGUAGGCUGUCUUCUUGUAGGAAACCUGACAGAGGGUCAAAUGAGUCCUGAGCCGAAGGGGCAAACACAGGCCUGGAGUAGUGGCCCAGAAGUAGAUGGUCACCGUAGAAGGAGAGCCCUGCUGGGCCCUCACAACCAUGAGGACAAUUUGUUCUUAUCUAGAGCACAAAUGGUUGCCAACCUGACAUCCAAAGGAAAUGACUGUUGGGUGUGUGGGUUGAGUCCGGUGAAGGUAGGGGCAGGCUUCCCCCUUGUAGGAGUCCCGAUAGGGGUGAACUUUACCAUAGCAUUGGCAGGAAAAAUACCUUUUUACACUAUGACCAACAAUGUUAAGGUAUAUAAUCAACCCAAUGUAUUCUGUUAUGUGAGACCUGAUCAUGUUUCACUCCCACCCAUUUCAGUGGCUGGGGUGACGACUGCCCCUUGGUGUAUUAGAGGAUAUGGAGAUCACUAUUUGGGGGAAUUUAAAUGUAAUUGUACAAUGAACAUUAAUGGAUCAAAUGCUUGCAAUUUAAAGGUGAUACAGGAGAAUGGUCAGGUUGAUAAGGAACCGUUUACAAUUUGGUUUGACAAACAUAGAACAACUCGGAGAGGAGCCCCUAAUGGCACCUACUGGUUGUGUGGUAAGAUGGCUUACCAUAGCCUUCCCCUGAACUGGGGAGGUACUUGUACUGUUGGGUUUGUGGUGACAGCAAUGAGAACCGUUCCAAACAAUGACCAGAAUCUGAAGGCUCUCUUUAGAGACUACAAACCUCCUGGAAUGAGGAGAGAUAAGAGGUCUCUGGCUGACGUCACUCACACUCAGGCACCUGCCUCCAGGUUCUUUGACGGGUUUUUCCCUGGGUAUGGAGUUGCAGGUGCCCAAGACCAAAUUCGUGAUAUCUCUAGACACGUGGAGAAAAUUGGCAAUGCUACUCGAAAUGCCCUGGAACAAUUGAAUGGGGAACUAAAAGAAUUGGCUGAAAUGACUCUUCAAAACAGAGAGGCUAUUGACUAUCUUUUGGCAGCUCAAGGGGGCACUUGUGCAAUCAUCGGCGAUGAAUGUUGUACUUUUGUCCCAGGUCGCUCUUCUAAUGUGACUGAUCUUGCCCAAUACAUUGCCACUGUUGCUAAAAAUAAUUCCCCACAACUAGAGCGGACGCUUGCAACUUGGUUGGAAUCCCUGUUGGGAAGUUGGGGAUCUCAUAUUGACCAAUGGGCUGCAGCGUGUGUUUUUUGCUUAGUCUGCAUAAUUGUAUUAUUAACAUGCUGUAAGGCUAUCUAACAGGCUGUAAGGCUAUCUAACAUGCUGUAAGGCUAUCUAACAGUCCGUAAGGCUAUCUAACAGGCCGUAAGGCUAUCUAACAGUCUGUAAGGCUAUCUAACAGUC